AUGGGGAAUAGUAUAAGGUGUUGUUUGGGUUGUGUACUUCCAUGCGGAGCCCUAGACUUGAUCCGUAUCGUGCAUUUGAAUGGGUACGUUGAGGAAAUAACACAUCCGGUCACCGCAGGAGAUAUCCUCAAGGCCAACCCUAAUCAUGUGCUAAGCAAACCAUGCUCCCAUGGUCAAGCUGUUGUACGCGAAAUUGUGAUCCUUUCUCCAGAAUCUAAGCUUAGAAGAGGCUGCAUUUACUUUCUGAUCCCACAGAAGAAAAAGAGCGCCAUCCACCAUAACAAUGUCGGAAACUGCAACAUUAAUGAUGUUUCCGAUUGUCAUCCUUCUAACCUACCAAAUGUUGAUAUUUCAAAAAAGAAACAUUCCUCGCGUAAGGAUUGCCGCCACCUGCACAGUCACAUUGGAGUAUGGCGGCCUCAUCUGGCCAUCAUCUCCGAAGACUAA